UUGGGGAUGCAAGUACAAUAGGAUAGCUUGUUUAUUAUUUCGAUGUACAGUCACUGUUGUGGGCUAGAACUAGAUCUCUAGACGCUAUAUAUUAGAUCUAGGUGAACUAAUUAUUUGAAAUGGCUAUGGGAAAAGGAUACAGAGUUUUUCAUAAGAUUCCACCGGACCGAGAGACACCUUACAGUGUUAUUAUGGACAGCAAAUCGACAGAAGAUUCUCUGAUGUUUGAAUCAGGAGCUGUGGUAAUGCUGACCACUGAUGAAGUUGAACCUUUGCGCAAACAGUACACUAAGAUUAUUGAUGCUUAUGGAUGCUUAGGAGUCUUGUGUAUGACAGCAGGAAACGAUAAAAUUCAAUAUCUUGUGAUGGUCAACAGUUGUUUGUCUGUGGGAAAGAUAGGAGAAUCAGAAGUGUUUAGAAUCACUGGUGUAUCCUUCAUCUCUUUACGAAAUGACCCUUCAGAUGAAGAUAGAAUUGGAGAGAUUCGGAAAUUGUUGAGUUCUGGCACAUUCUAUUUCACUUGGUGUGCAACUGGUGUUCCGUGGGAUUUGAGUCUUUGUGCUCAGCGCAAACUUCAGGAACAUGACACUGACAACAGAUUUUUCUGGAACCGUAUGCUUCAUGUACACUUUCAACAUUAUGGGAUUGACUGCUCCAAGUGGCUCAUCAAGACCAUGUGUGGAGGUGUUGAGAUACGCACCAUUUAUGCUGGACACCGCCAGGCCAAAGCCUGCCUUAUCUCAAGGCUCAGUUGUGAAAGAGCUGGCACUAGGUUCAAUGUGAGAGGCACCAAUGAUGAUGGCAAUGUUGCCAACUUUGUGGAAACUGAACAGGUGAUAUUUUUAGAUGAAGAGAUUGCAUCAUUUGUCCAGACGAGGGGCUCAAUACCUUUAUUCUGGGAACAACCUGGUAUACAGGUUGGCUCUCACAAAGUUCACAUGUCCAGGGGUUAUGAAAUGGCAGCUCCAGCCUUUGACAGACAUUUACGCACCAUCAAGCUACAGUAUGGGGAUCAAGUCCUCAUCAACCUAUUGGGCAACAAAGAAGGAGAGAAAAUGCUGAGUCAGGCUUUUAUGAAUCAUCACUCCGCAUCCGCGCACAGUCAAGACAUCCCCUACUACCAUUUCGACUACCACUCUGAAGUGAAAGGCUCCAACCUGAAAAAUUUAGAGAAGCUCAAAUCUCGAAUUAUCAAACACCUGCAUCAGUUUGAGUUCUUCUGUACCAACGGCAAAGAAGUGUCCCAUCACCAGACUGGUACAAUUAGGACCAACUGCUUAGAUUGUUUGGACAGAACAAAUGCUACACAAACAAUGAUAGGAAUGGAGAUGCUAAUCAAACAACUGGAAGCCCUAGGGCUCUCUGCCAAGCCUCAGAUGGUGGGUCGGUUUGAAGAGGUCUACAAACAGAUUUGGGUUCACAAUGGGGAUCAUAUCAGUCGAAUCUACACAGGAACUGGAGCACUGGGUGGUGGACGGUCUAAAUAUUCUGAUGCAUCUCGUACAGCUAGUCGCACCAUACAGAAUAACUUUCUUGAUGGCAGCAAACAAGAAGCUAUUGACAUUCUUCUGAUGGGGAGUUCUUUGCAUGGAACAUUAGCUGACAGGGCUAGAGCAUUACUGGGAUCUCGUUACUUGCAUGUCUCAGAGAGAAUCCUGCUCUCCAUGACCAGACAGUACAAAAAAUACUCCAGGACUGAGACAUAUCGUGUUUGUGUUGGUACCUACAAUGUCAACGGAGGGAAACAUUAUCGCAGUAUAGCCUACAAGCACCAGUCAUUAGCUGACUGGCUACUAGAUGCUCAUAAAUCACAUCCAAAUGUUUUGGUAGAUCAUGUAGAUUAUGAUAGACCAGUUGAUAUUUUUGCUGUUGGUUUUGAAGAAAUAGUGGACUUAAAUGCUAGCAACAUAAUGAGUGCCAGUACCACGAAUGCUAGAGAGUGGCAGAAGGAAGUUAUCAAGACCAUAUCCAGGGACCAUAAGUAUGUGAUAGUCACCAGCAUCCAGCUGGUUGGUGUAGUUCUCUACGUAUUUGUUCGGCCUCACCUAGCACCAUUUAUCAGGGAUGUGGCUGUAGAGAAAGUCAAGACAGGCCUGGGUGGUGCUGCUGGCAAUAAAGGUGGCGUGGCUGUAAGGUUCCUCCUGAACAGCACCUCUCUGUGCUUCGUCUGUGCGCACUUGGCUGCUGGCCAGUCACAAGUGAAUGAGCGCAAUGCCGACUACACAGAAAUAACACGAAAGAUGUCAUUCCCGAUGUUUAUGGACUACCCAAAAAAGGGUAGGACAAUACUGAGCCACGACUGUGUGUUUUGGUGUGGCGACUUCAAUUAUCGCAUUGACCUAAGCAACGAGGAGGUGAAGUCUCUGGUGGCAAGUCAGAACUGGGGUGCACUGCAGGGCAUGGACCAGCUUAAUAUCCAAAGAUCUAUAAAUAAUUGCUUCCAUGGAUUUAAUGAAGGGAGCUUGGACUUUGCCCCCACCUAUAAAUAUGACACAUUUAGUGAUGACUAUGAUACUAGUGAGAAGGGGCGCACGCCAGCAUGGACUGACAGGGUGCUAUGGAAAGUCAAAACUGUCAAGAAUCCUGAAAAUGAAGAAAUUGACUUGACCCUUGCACAGGUACGACUGUUAUUGUAUACUAGAGCUGAACUGAGAACUUCUGACCACAGACCAGUGGUUGCUGUGUUUGAUGUGGACACUGUGUUUGUGGAAGAGGAUAAAAAGAAUGCGGUGCUGAACAAAGUUGUGGAGGAGCAGGGCCCUCCUGAUGGUACAGUAAUUAUCUCAACUCUGAAUGGCCAGGAGCUCUCGGACGAGGUGGUCAAUGCUGUUGUUGAAAAGUUCAACGAAGUUGGUGAUAUUGUUAUAGUCAGGUUUGUUGGUAUGGAUAUGUGGAUACUGUACCAGCAAGGAGUAUAUGCAUUAGAGGCACUGCAGUUUGAUCAACAAGAAUUUGCUGGUGUGAAGAUCAGAGUCUCUCUUAAAACUACAGACUGGAAAGCUGAAAUAGAAAAGGAAUUGAACUUGUGUUCUAGCAAUACAGGAGCUUUGUAUAAUCAGUUCACCAACACAUUGUUAGGAGAUGACUUCAGUGUACCCUCCAUGGAGUUUGAUAUUGGUGAAGAUGAUGAUGAAUCAGAAGAUGCAGAAGUUGAAAAUGCUUUGCAGGGUUUGACCUCAACACCACCAUCAUCAUCUUCAUCCAGUACUCCAACAGGGAAAAGAAGUCCUGCAGUUCCUCAGGGAGAUAUACCUGGUGGUCCACCUACCAAUCCUCCAAGGCCUGUCAGACCAGCCAUGCCAUCUCCCAGUCCUAACAGCUCAUCCAACAGCUGGUCUUCAGGUCAAAUGGUGACCCAGGAAGUUGUCCAGCCUCUCAGGGCCUCACCUUUACCAGAACCAAAACAGCCACCUGCUCGACCAAGCGCCCCACCUGCUAAGCCUCCCCCUCCCCAGAGACCACCAGGUGGACCACCUCGUCCAGUAGCUACACAGUCUGGGUCAUCCCAGCCUAUGGUAUCAGGAACUUAUGAUAGACAAAUAGCUAGUCAACAACCUAAAACCAGACAAAUUUUACGACCUGCACCCAUAGAUAAAUCCAAGCUCAAAAAACCUGCCAACAAGAUUGCCCAGAUUGGGUUUCCAACCAAUGUAACUCAUCAUGGUCAUGCAUCAAGUAUAGAAGAAGCCCAAGCUCUCAUACAGAAAUUACUUGUCAACAACAUGGAUCAGGAUGAUACAUGCCUUCCUGCUGCUCUGGUUCCAUCCAAGUCUGAGACUAACCUCAGUUCAGGAUGGAAUCAACUGGGUGCUCCAAAAUCUGUUGCUAGGAGUAAAACAUCUCAAGAUAUUGGUGAAUCUGCAGCAUCUGAAUUAGCACCUCCUCAAGCACUUCCCAGGAAACAAAGCCUUGAUCGAGAUGCACCAGUGGAGGCAGCAGGGGGAUCAGCUCCUUUGGCUAAGCCUAGACCUGCCCCUCGGCGAGAAGUGCAGAGCAUGGCUUGUACAAGUGAUGCUUCACCCAGCGAAACUCCACCAUCCCCAGCAAAACGGCCAGGCAGUGUAAUGGUCCUGCCCCCACCUCCAGCGUCAGCUCGGCCAGCCCCUCCUCCUCCAGCAAGACCCACCUCUACAUCCAACACUAAUCCUGUACCCCCAGCUCGUCCAACUAGGCAGUUGGACAAGGUCUCUCCUACUCACAGUAGUAAAAACUCUCCAAUGCAUGACAUAUCUGACGGGAAUACUCACCUCCUUGACAGAGACAAUAGCCUGAUUGAAGGAGACACCUCUGAGCCAGAUCCAUUUGACACCACAUACGCACGAAUAGCUCCUCGACCUAGCCCUGUUGGUACUGAUUUGAAUGAUCCAUUUGACACAAGCAGGGUGAAUCGAAUCACUCAAGCUAAUCCCAUUGACAAUGCUUUUGAAAAUGCUUUUUCUAAAAAUGAAUAUGAUCCCUUUGAUACAAGGCAUGUACAUAGUAGUGGUCAGCCUAGCAUGGCCAACUGGGCAACACCCUUCUCAGCUUUUUCUCCAGAGAGUGACUUCCAGGCCCCUAACAUGAGUCCACCCCCACUCCCCUCCACUCUGACUGUGUCAUUCAAACCCCAACUCUCCAUUCCAGAAGGGGUACCACCUCCUCCACCACGAGACAUCCCUGGUGUUCCUCCACCAGUGCCCAAUAGGUCCACUGUUGUGCCACCUCCAGUACCUAAGAGACCAGUAUGAUAAUAUUAUUAAUUUGCUUAUAAUAAAACCAACUAGUCAUCUAGUUCUAUAGUACUAACCUAAUUGUGGGUUAAGUGUAAUAUCAUUUGAAAGGUAUCACUUUCUAUUGUUUUUUUUUUAAUUACACAUUUAGAUUGUUAAUGUGAUUUUUGAAAAUGUGAAACAUAUAUGAAAUAUUAAAGAGUAUGAAAUAGAUGUUAUAUCAAACUGUAAGAUUUGAAAUAGUGUUGAAAUGUUCAGUAGAUUUCUCUAAAUGGUUUCUAAUGGACUCUGAGGUAGACAAGUGUCAUUAAAUGGUCUUUCCUUUUACUUCAUCAAAAAUUGUUUUUUUUUUAAUCAUUAUAUUGAAUAUAUAAUUGUUUUAAUGGUUCAAGUAUUACUCAAAAUGCAGUGAAAUUUCAGUGUUGGUAUAGUGAAUUUAUCACCAGUGACUAGGUUGACAUAAUACUGAACAAUAUAAUAAAAAUGAAUCUGCCAAUGUUAUUUUUAAAGUCAGAUUGUCUCUCAAUUGUUUUUUUAUUUUUCUUACAAAGCUUAUAUCAACUCACUCUGUCUGUCUUUGUCAGUUUGGUAAAAAAUGUGUAUGUGUUAUUUCUCUGACAUUCAAUCUCAGAUAACGCUGAAACUUUGCACAAUUAUUUCUUAUAAAUGCCAAUAAUAGAAUAAGUUUAAAGAAAAAACAAUUAGUUAAUUAUCUAUUAGUAAUUAAUUAUUUUGUUUGGUAUCUUGAACAAUGGAAAGAAAUUGUACUUGCCAGAAAUGGUGGUAUAAGCUGAAUAUAGGUCGCUGCUCUAAACUGAAACAACAUUAUAUAACUAUACAAUCUUCUCUAGUCAUAAGUAUCUCAUUAGAGUGGUUAGCACAUCUGCCUAAGGAGGCAUUGGCCAUGCAUUUGAAUUCAGGUCGUUCCCCUUUUUUUUUUUCACUGGCAAUGCAUUUAAAAACCAACUACGGCAAAAUCCAUCCUUUCUUUCUUCCCUCCCACCAUUGUCCAGUCUGGUUCAGAUAAGUGAUAGGAUCUUAGGGUAAUGAGAAAGCUAAAAGCAUGAAAUAGUGCUAAACAAAAACAAUUGAUAAAAAUUGUAUUAACCGCACAGAUUUAUUGUUGUUGGUCUAGAUCUAUUAUAUCAUUCAACAAACUUAACUCAUUGUCUGUGGUUUUGGUUAUGUUCUUUAGAUUACUAAAUAUGCAGCUGUCUGUGUCAUCAUUUUAUACAGGGCAUCAGUUAGCUUUGUUCAUUUUAUGAAAUGUGAAACAUUUAUCAUUUAAAAAAUCAUGAAUAUUUUCAAUGCAUCUAUUCCUUUUUGACAUUUUUAUUGCAGGCACACAAAAGAGUUAAUAAACAAUAUAAUUGAAAUAUCGAUAUUUGAUAGGGCUAGACAGAAAUCUAAAAGCUCCACUUUAGCCCAGCAUUUUGGUCUUAUAUGACAAUGGACAUAAACAAUUUGCCAUAAUUCCAUGAAUAGUCUUAUAUAUUUUGUUCUCUUUUGUUGUAUAAUGCUUAUGAAAUAGUAAUACUCUAAGGGCUCUGAUAAUGCCCAUGUACCUGCUUGAACAUUAUACUGUAAAUAUAACAUUUUCACUAUUCUAUUUAUUUUUUUUUAUUUCUGCUGUUGCAAUAAUAUAUUUGUUUUACUCAAUUAUUAUUACAUGAAUUGAAUACUGUGUAGCCAAAUUAGUAUCUUAAUCUACAUAUCCAUUUAAAUAUUCCUGUCAAUUUUUAACCUUAUUACAUUUUAUUUCCCUUGUACUAGAACUGUUAGUUUUAAAUGACUAGUCAGACUCCAUCUGCAUCAGUAUAUAAAUUGCAUACUUCUGUUAUAUCAGUAACAAAUGAAAACUUGACUAUUUAGCUCAAAAUUUUUUAAUGAAGAGGUUAAAUAAUGCUAGUCUAAAUAGCUACACUUUCAUCCCAAAUAACUCAUAAUUUUGGGCUUGUACAACUAUUGCCAUCAUCAGCACUUACUUCAGUAGUUAAGUUUUGAAUGUUAAUGUGAUGAGUUUAAUGAUUCUUUUUUUUUUAUUGCAAAUCACAUGGAUUGUGCUAAGCAUAUUUAGAUAGAAAAUAUUGUUUUUUCUUUCCAAAGCUUUUUUUCUCUUCAUAUUUGUUUAUUGUAAUGUUUCUAUUGAUGUUAUAAUUUUUUUUCUUGUCAAACUGUGAUGAAAUCAUUGAUCAUUAUGUGAUACAGGAAUGUUAUAAUUUGAUCAAUCUUAUGUGUAUGUGUAUAGUGGUAUUAAAUUUGUUUACUGGGAUGCUUACCCUGUAAUUCUUUAUAGUCUUAAUGCUUCAUUGGUUAACUGUUAUCCUGUUAUAUAUUUCUGUAUCCAGAUUGGAGGGUAGCUAACACCUAUGGAAUAUAUGAACAAAUAUUUAAUGUACUAAACUUUUUGUAUCCAUCAUGAUCAUGCUGUUGUUUCUUUUAACCUAGUAAUUUAUCUUGGAAUGUGAUGUAGAAAAUUUGAAUCCUGGGUUCUCUUUAUGGUUGGGAGCUUUUUUUUUUAUAAUUCUACAAUUCUUUGUACAACUUCUAUGUGAAGCAAGUAAAUAUGGUUGGUAAUUGAUAAUGCUACUCUAAGGAUCAAUUCUAUUUGGUACAGUUUUCACAAUUUGGAGAUUUAGGUUGCAAUAAAAAAGGCAAUAAUAACCAGGUUUAAUGCAUUACUUCACUGUAAAAAAAAAAUAAGCAUCCUGCCAAUUUUUUAUUAUUUUAUUUUCCAAAAUUAUGAACAAAUUACAUAAAGAUAAACAUCUUUCUUGCACUUGUAAUUCACUUUAUUAAUACAUCCAAUAAAGAUGUACAUCUCCUGACCACUUCUUACAAAAAGAAAGAUCCUUCUAUGUUUUUAUACUAAGUUGUUUUUUUUAUUUAAACAUUUCCUCAAACUGUUUCUGCCGUCAUUCAUUCCAUUUAUUGUUCUAUGUUUUUAAUAACCUUCUUAAGGUACAAUAGAAUAUUUUUCUGCAUAUUAGUUGUCAUUGAAUAAUAUGGUAGAAUUUAAUGUUUUUUUAUAAACAUUACAAUAAUAUAAAUAAGAAAACCAAACUUUUUCAAUUUAAGAAAUACCGAAACACUAUCUUGUCUAAGGUUUUUUUUUUAUAUUUUAGAUUAUUGGUUUUGCUUUUAGAAAAUGCUAAUAACUCACAAUCUCUUCUCCCCUUAUCAUUUUGUAGUGGGGUUUUUUUUUUUUCAGUAUUCUUGAGGUUAAGAAGAAAAAGUUUUGCAAAAUUUCUGAGCACCAUGUUUUAUCCCCCCCCCCCCCCCCCCUUGUUUUUUUUUUUUUCAAGAGUUGGUGUACAGGGUCAGAUCAGAGAGAAUAGUUUAAACAAUGCUUGAUGAAUGCUCGCGAGAGUUGUGUUUUUUUUUUUCAAGAGUUGGUGUACAGUGUCAGAUGAGAGAGAAGAGUUUAAACAAUGCUUGAUGAGUGCUCAUGAGAGUUGUGUUUUUUUUUUAUGUUUAACUUACUAAAUCUGACUAUCUUAGUAAAAAUGAAAUAACUGUAUAAAUUGUUGACAUGCUAGCAAGCACAUCAGAUUGAUUGUGGCCUCUUUAGUCUCAAGAUGUAAAAUGCCACAGAAAUAAAAUAUAAUUUUCAUAUUCUUAUACACCGGAAACUUAAUAUUACUGUAAACAAAGGGAUCAACUUUACAUAAUCUUUUAUUUUGCCAGUAUAAUCUUUCUGCUAAAAAUUUAGAGACAACCAAAGACAAAAACUUUGUAAGCUUGAUACCUGUGACCCAUAAAUUUGACACUGCCCUUAUACAAUUAGCAAUGACCCUUAGUUUGGAAACUGCUAUAAAACAUUACAACUGUCUCUUUUUUUUUUUUUUUAAAUUUUUGAAUGGAAACAUACUGACAAAAAUGUAAUGUUUAUGUUAAUGAACUGUUUCUAGUUUGAUGUCAAGUAGAUCUAGCAUCAAUGUCAGUGUAAUGAAGUUCUAUAACUCUGGCUGUUAUGAUAAUGAUUGGACUCGUUAUUGUUGUCAUUUGAAGCAGUGUAGUUUAAAAAAUAGUUAAUGGAUGUUUACAAGGCUAUUAAUGACAUAGAAUAUUGAACAAUAAAAUAAUUAAUGGUUAAUUGUUGAAAGGAAA